GUGUGUGUGUGUGUGUGUGUUUUGACUCACAGCAACUCCUGAACUGCAGGCAGACUUCAGCCUGCUUUACAUACACAGGAGGACUUCCAGGCAUCAACAAGCUGCUCCCAGACUGAAACACCCGAGGAAGAGACAUGUCUUCUCCCUCCUCCUCCUCCAUCUCCACUCUGAAGCCCAAGAGGAAGACCAAGAAGAAGCACUUCGUUCAGCAGAAGGUGGAGGUUUUCCGAGCCAGUGACCGGGUGCUGAGCAUCUUCAUGUGGGGGGUCAAUCACUCGAUGAACGACCUGAGCCAGGUGCCCAUACCUGUCAUGCUGCUUCCAGAUGACUUCAAAGCCAGCACCAAGAUCAAAGUCAACAACCAUUUCUUCAACAAGGAGAACCUACCUGCUCAGUUCAAAUUCAAAGAGUACUGUCCACUGGUAUUCAGAAACCUGCGAGAGCGCUUUGGCAUCGAGGAUCAGGAUUACCAAGUGUCUCUGGCUCGCAGUCCCCCUCACAAAGAUGAAGAGGGGAAAUGYGUGGGGCUGCUGCUGACGUCAUACGACCGCACUUUGGUGGUGAAAGAAAUUUCCAGUGAGGAGGUGGAGGAAAUGCACAACAUCCUCUCUGAGUAUCACCAGCAUAUUGUCACCUGCCACAGCAGCACCCUGCUCCCUCAGUUCCUCUCCAUGUACAGAGUGACCGUGGAGAGCGAGGACACCUACCUGUUAGUGAUGAGGAACGUGUUCAGCCACAGGCUGCCUGUGCACAGGAAGUACGACUUGAAGUUCCUGGUGCGAAUGAGGAUCAUGGACUACAGCCUGCUGCUGGGUAUCCAUGAUGUUCAGAGAGCUGAGAGAGAGGAGGAGGAGGCUGAGGAGUCAUCCAUCGAGGAGGAAGAGGAGGGUGAACAUGACCUGGCGGCUGCUCCUUCCUCUACCUCACCUGAGGGCAUCGCAGGCUACAUGAAGUCCUUCAAAGCCAUGGGUCCUGGAGAAUUUGAUCCUUACGUGGACGUGUACGCGACUCAGAGUGCUGCAGCUGCCCCCAGGAGAGAGGUGUACUUCAUGGGUCUGAUUGACGUGCUGACGCAGUACGACACCAAGAAGAAAGCUGCUCACGCUGCCAAGGCUGUCAAAAACGGGACUGGAGCAGAAAUCACAACCGUUCACCCUGAGCAGUACGCUAAACGCUUCAAAGAGUUCAUCACAAAGAUCUUCGCCUGAUUUAAGGAUUUAUCUGCUUUUAAUGCAUCAGUAGUUUAACUACAACACUGCUACUGAGUCAAUUCAACCACAAGGAGCAUGAAAGAUUAGCUGCUUAGUUUGGAUCUUUUGUGGUGAGCUUCUGUGGAAACAUUCUGAACAAAUAAUAUCUUACCUGCAGUAGAUAGCUGCGUGUACAGUUGCAGUUUGGAGAAAUAGAGAUUAAGACCUUGUCUACACUACUCUGGAUGUGUUAAUAAAUGUAUUUUUUCACACAUUUAUAUAUUCUCUGUUCAGAAAUUCUAACAAAACUAGGUUUUAGUUAAACCUUUGCAAAGUUUCUUCUCUGUUCUCAGCAUUUUCAGCACAUGAUCAAAGUUUGAUGUUGACACAAUCAAAGAAAAGAGAGACAGACCCAGAAAAAAAACACUGUGAAACCAGAAACAAUUUGGUUUUCUAGGACACAAAAUAGAAGUGUAAAAAAAUAAAAAUAAAAAAAAGACUUCUGCAUCA